CAGCAUCCUGGUCCCUGCUUCUGCCCAUAGUCAGGCAUGGCAGCGGCAGGUGUCUGAGACAGGGGCAUUAGCCCAGGAGGGAGGGGGCGGGGGGCAAGAGGAUCAGGCCUAGACAGGUCGAGGGAAAUUUAAUUCAAUAAAUAAAUAACUUUAAAAAGGCUGGGGGAAAAUCCCUGGAAGGAAAAUUCCCUGGGAAAUUGCUAUUCGAUGGAGUGUGUAGCUGAGCUGGGCUUGUGGGAAGAAGAUCGAGCAGCCUGGAUUGAUUUUAACUGUUUCCUUAAUAACUCACAAGGCGAAGAAGAGAAACGUAUUUGAGCCCAUGGGCUCAAGUCCUUAGCUCUGUUGGGGUGGGGGGGAAGAAUAACUUUAUAUUUGAAUGAGAAGCUAACAGCAUCAGAUACCAGGCAGGAGUUGAAGUUGGGGGGCAAUGGCUCUGAUCACCUUGUUGGAAUUGGCUGACCUCUCCAUCGGGACGCCGGAGAUCGGGGUGGUCAAUUUUAAUGCCCUCCACACUUUGCUCCAUGCCAUCAUUAAACAACUCAACCUGCAGGAUGUCAAAGCGGAGAUGCAUGAUGAGAAACCUAUGCCCCCGGAACCUGCACCUUUGCAGGAGAAAGAGAGGAGGGGCAAGUGCGAUGAGUCAGAAGACUUACCCUAUGCUGACUUAGAGAAGAAGGUCAUUGGGGUGGCCGCUCAGGUGCAUGGCGUGGAGGCCAAGGUGAUUGGAGUGGAGACUCAGGUGCAUGGGGUGAAAUCUCAGAUCCAUGGAAUAGGGGAACAGGUUCAAGGGCUUGAGAAGCAAAUGGCUGCCCUGGAAAAAUUGCCUUCUGGGACAGACUUGCUGGAAAGGACCAAGAGCGGCUCUCCGAAUGGCUCUGCUGUGGCCGACAUGUGGCAAAUGAUGCAAAUGAAGAAAAAGAUAGAAGCUAAUGAGACUGGCAUCUCCAAGGCCAUGGCUCUGUUCCAGGAUCUGCUGAAUGAGGUCAAUGGCGUGAAGGCAGCCAAUUUCCAUAUGAACGAGGGCCUCGAAAACAUCAAGGAGAAACUUGACUUGAAUUUACAACUAGAUACCCAGGAGAUUGGCAAUCGACUGCAGACCUGCAUCGCAGAUCAGAAGAACUUGGAUAACGAUGUGAGGAACCUAGAGCGAAGGAUAAACCUCUAUCCUUCCCCCGAAGAAAUGUAUAGCAUGGUGCGCUGGGAAGUUCUGGAGGACUGCCUUGUGACAGGCAAAGGCAAGAGCCCACCCACUGAAGCCCAGUCUGUGGAUCCCAGCCUAGGCCAGCCCUCUCCAGCCGAGCAACCAGCUUCAGUUAUGGACACCCAAGCGAGAAAACCCGCUGCACCCUGGGCAGGGGCUCCAGGGAGCCAGCCUGGCUCUCCCAGCAGCAGACCUGGUAUUCCAGGGAUGCAGGCAGGAACCAGGGCAGACAUGCCAGCGGUCCAGCCAGCAGCCCGGGCAGGCACUCCAGGAACCAGGGCAGGCACACCAGAAGCCCAAGCAAUCACUCCAACGGCCCAACCAGGCUCCCCCGGGGCCCAGCCAGGAGCCCAGCCAGGCUCCCCCGGGGCCCAGCCAGGCUUCCCCGGGGCCCAGCCAGGCUUCCCCGGGGCCCAGGCAGGAGCCCAGCCAGGCUUCCCCGGGGCCCAAGCAGGUGCUCCAGGAAUCCAGCCGAGCUUCCCUGGCACCUGGCCCAGUUCCCCAGUGACCCAGGUGGGGCCUCCUAGAGUCUGGCAUGGAGCUCCAGGGGCCCAGGCAGGCUACCUCGGGACCCCAGCAGACACUUCAGCAUUCCAGCCCACAUCACCUACAGCAGGUCCCUCAGCUCUAGCAGCCCAGCUUGCAAUUCCACCUGGCCCUUACUCUGCCGUUACAUCCCCGGCAUCACCUUUACAAGAGAAGGACAAACACCUAACAUCAUCCACGCCGCAAGGGUCCUCCGGCUCCAGCAGCGCCUCCAGCCGCUACUCGGAUACUGUGGAAGCGCUGCGCCGGGUUGGGCAGCUGACCGACCUCUACACCGCCUUGCAGGAGCAGAUAAACCACCUGGAGCAAUUCAAGUGUAGCCACGCCGACCUCGACAAGCUGCAACAAUUCCUCUUGGAUGCAGUCCCUAAGAACCUCUCCAGCAUGCCUGCUGACCUCAUGGACCAGCUGUCUUCCCUGAAGGCCACGGCGGAAGACAUGAAAGAUGUAAAGGCCAAGGUAAGGAAGCUGCAGAAUGUCCUUGAAGCAGAGGUGGAAACAGAAGCAGAUCAGAAAGUGAAGGGAUCCAGUCAGAUUAAUCUGCAGUUAGGUUACCUCAGAUCGACAGUACAUGACAUAGAGAAAGAGCUGCAGGAGCUGAGGGAGCAGCAGGAUCACGGCAAAGCCAAGUUGGAACAGUCGGUCACUGACACAGCCCUCUACCUGCAGGAACAGUUAGACAAGCUUAGAUCUAUCAUAGAGACCAUGAUGACCUCCUCCUCCACCUUGCUAUCCAUGAGCAUGCCCACUAGCCCGGAGCCUGGGGAGGCAGCGCCGAAUGGCACGUGCCCAGCCUGCAGCCUAGACGUCAGCGAGCAGGUUAGCCAGCUGUUCAAACGCUAUGAACAGCUGCAGGAUUUAAUUAGCAGCUUCAUGACAAGGCACACGGAAAGCAAGCCAGCAAAGAGGCCGCAGCUGAGGAGCCAGGAUGAAGAGCUGCUGAGUCGCAUCCAAAACACCAUCCUCCAGGUGCAAGGAGACUGUGAGAAUCUCAAUGCCACCACAGGGAACCUCAUAGAAGACCAUCGGCAGAAGCAGAAAGAUAUUGCUCUUCUCUUCCAGUCACUGGAGAAGUUGGAAAAGGAGAAAGCAGACAAGGAGCAUCUGGAGACAGAAAUUGAUGUGAAAGCAGACAAGAUGGCACUGGCUGGCAAAGUCAGCCGCAGCCAGUUUGAUGCCACCACGGAGCAGCUGAAUAAGAUGAUGCAGGAUCUGGUGAACAAGAUGAGCGGGCAGGAGCAGGACUGGCACAAAGUGCUCGACAAAAUCUUGGUGGAGAUGGACUCCAAGCUGGACCGCCUGGAAUUAGAUCCCUUCAGACAGCAGCUGGAAGAGCGUUGGAAGGCCAUCCGGAAACAGCUGAAGGAGAGGUCUCCGCAGUACGCAGCGGAUGAUGCUGCUGGAAUUAGGAAAAGACUGAUGGCUCAUUUCCACUGCAUUUCCUGCGACAGACCUCUGGAAAUGGUAGUGCCUGGCCCGACCAUCAUGACCAUCCCCUCCGUGCCGGGGUUACCAUCCCACCGCUCCAUCCGGCCCUACACCGUCUACGAACUGGAGCAAGUCAGGCAGCACACCCGCAGUCUGAAGUUAGGGCUUAGGCCCUACCCUCGCUUGGAUGCGCUCCAGCUGGAGAAGAGCGCGGGCCUUGGCAAGCUGCGCAGCAUCCACUCCAAGAUGCUCAUGGACAUAGAGAAGGUGCAGAUCCACUUUGGGGGCUCGGCGAAGGCCAGCAGUCAGAUGAUCAGGGAGAUAAUGCAGUCGCAGUGUCUCAGCCCAGGCCAGUAUAACAAACGUGACAAGAUGGCGGAGAUGGCAGAAUAUGGUUACCUAUCCAUGCCUCGGCGCUGCGGCGGCAGCCACACCCUCACCUACCCCUACAGGCGCUACACACGGCUGCAGCAAAUCGCCCAGUGUAUGCCGAUGCAUCCCGAGGAGACUGCCAUGCUGACAGUGAUGAAGCGUGAAGAGGUGGAUAUCCUGGGCCUGGAUGGACACAUCUACAAAGGGCGGAUGGACACUCGGCUCCCAUCAAUUUCAGCCAAGGAUGGUCCUUUGAAGUCCAAACCCAAGAUCUCCCGGUCUUCAUCACAACGGCAGCCGGCCCUGAUGGACACAGCCGGCCUCCCUGCACGCCCGCACAGCGCCAAACUGUCUUCCCCUAGCAAUUCAGGUACAGCUAGGUCACUAAAGGACAGGCCCGUGUCAUCAGAGGGUCGACUGUCCCGGGUGGACCUGACCCAUCUAUCAACCUCAACACCUCCCCCUGAGGAGGGAAGAGAGGAUUCUCCCAUGCAGGAGAAAGAAACCCUAGAGCUUCAGCUGGACCUUUCCAUGCGCCGGCGAUCGGCUGAGCAGCCAGCUCCGUUACAGUGACUGCGAUGGCAGGAAAGCAGCGCUCGCUGACGGAAGCCAGGCAAUAAAGAGUGAGCAGAACAGAGAGGAGGCUGUGUACAUCCGUCGCAGCGAUAGGAACAGGGAGCUUUUUGUGCAGUCCCUGCGGCAAACAGGACCUAGGGCUGUUCCACGCAGCAGCACUGUGAAAAGGCAGAGGUGGGCAGCACAGUCAAUCGUGAAAACAAUUCAUUCCUGGCCUUUGCAAAUCCUUCCCUCGCUGCUGCUAGCUUUGCCUGAGUAGAUUUUGUAAAUACCAGAUCUUCUGCAUAAGCCAGUUUGACACCGGCUCAUUUCAACCCCCGGGGAUCUUGCAGUGUCCUGUGUAUCACAGAGCCCGACGCACCUCAUGGGCAGGGCCGGCUCCAAGCCACAGCGCGCCAACCGUGUGCUUGGGGCGGCAUGCCGCGGAGGGC